GUUCUGGGGAAGGUGACAGUGUCUGAGGUGGCUGAGAAGAACCACUCCUACUUGGAUCUGGUCAAAACACCUCAGCUGAGGAAGAUCACCCUGUGUUCUGGAUUGUUCUGGUUUGCUGUUGCCUUCCUGUACUAUGGGAUCAGCUUCAAGAUCUCAGGUUUUGGCGUCAGCAUGUACCUCACACAGUUCAUUUACGGUGCCAUCGAAGCUCCUGCCAAAAUCCUGACCUUCUUCGUGUUGGACUGGAUCGGUCGUCGGAACGGCCAGGCCUGCUUUCUGAUCACAACAGGAACUCUGAUAGGAAUAAACACAGCUGUACCUUUAGAGUACUCUGUGCUUCGUACAUGCAUCGCUGUGGUGGCGAAGGGUUUCUCAGAGGCAGCGUUCACCACAGCGUUCCUUUACUCAACUGAACUCUACCCAACUAUCCUCAG